ACCGGGCUUCAUCCAGCUGGGUAAACAUGGCGUCUGUUUCUGGAUGUGGUCGUUAGAUGUAGCGCCUCUGUCUGUAAACGGUGCUUCUAAUUUAACCAACGGGUCAUACGUUUGCCCAGAGAUUACUAACGUGAUGGACGCGAGAAAUGGCGACUUGAAGAGGAGGAAGACAGAAGCUCUGUGCUGAUUAUGCUUAACAUGUUUCCCCUGUCUGCACACCGUUAAUGGUAUGGUGCCUACUCGGACGCUGUGAUUGGCGCCGCAUAAUUGCUUUUGUUAACAGUCAGAGUUGUAUGUCAGUAGAGCUGUUUAGUUAAAUUUCUAACACGUAUCAAUCAUCCUAUGCUGUGAUCUAUAUCGUGCAUGGGCACAGCAGAAUUUUUUUUAUGUUCAUUUUAGUGUUGGCCUUCCUUUGUAAAUUAUAUAAACCAGUUGUUUUGUUGAACAUUUUUAUCUCUAAAUCAACACCUGGUUUGAUACCACCAACAGUGAUGUCUGGAUAAUGUCUGAACAGGAUGGCAGGAUUUAAUGUGGCUGUGCUUCACUGUUGUGCUCUGACAGGAUUUUUAUGACUGUUAGCAGUGCUGCUGUUUCUCAUGCCUUUCUCAGCAACACCACUAUGAUAGGCUCACCAGAUGUGGUGGCUUUCACCAAAGAGGAUGAGUAUGGGCAGACUAAUACAGACCCCUGGGCUCUCCCAGAGGAGUUCUCUAUUCCCCUCCAUCCUCUUGCUGACUCCAACCCUUGGGCUAAAACCUCAUAUGCCAAGUUCACCAAAGACUUCAUCCUUAUCUCUGAGUUCUCCGAGCAGGUGGGCCCUCAGCCUCUCCUCACCAUCCCAAAUGAUCCCAAAGUCUGCGGCACCUUUGAUCUCAACUACUUCUCCCUCCGCAUCAUGUCCGUGGACUAUCAGGCUUCUUUCGUAGGCCACCCACCUGGCAGCGGCUAUCCAAGGCUCAGUUUUGUGGAGGACUCGAGAGUUGUGCUAGGAGACUCAAAGGAGGGGGCGUUUGCCUAUGUCCAUCACCUUACCCUUUACGACCUGGAAGCGAGGGGCUUUGUGCGGCCAUUCUGCAUGGCGUACGUUGCAGCGGAUGAGAGGAAAAUUAUGCUUCAGUUUCAAGAGCUGUCCCUCCGCUUCUCGCAAGCCUCUGAGUGUCUGAAGGCAGGGAACAGGAGAGCAUUUGCCAAGGAGCUGCAGAGGAAACUUAAGGACCUGGAGUACACCCACUCUGUGCUGCAGCGGGAGGAGGGCCUGCAGAGAGAGGCUGGCCCUCAGUGCAUGUACUCAGCUCAUGCUGUGGAGAAAGCUAAUGAGCUUGCAAAUGUAGAAAAGAGUAUUUAUGAGCACAGAGACCUACUGAAGCAGAUCAGCUCCUACCAUCGCCGUCCACGUCGGGAUCCUCACGCCGUCACCUGCCAGAAGUGCAUGAGCGAGUGCUUGAGCCAGUGUGAAGAGCUGUUGGACAAAUACGCAAAGCUCGCCGAGCCUUUCAGUUACAGUGAAAAAGGUGGGAAAGGCAAAGGAGGGCGGGGUUGGCUAGAUGAUGACAGAGGUGAAGAAGAGGUGGAUGAGGAAGAGGACGAGGGUGUUAAACGCAAGCCAUCCUACACGCCACAGCUGAUCAAAGCCAAGUCUGCCAAGUGUUUUGACAAGCGCCUGAAGACCCUGCAAGAACUGUGUGAUGAGACUUUCUACGAAGCCACUGUGGAACUACUAAAAGAGACAGAGAGGAGUUUCCGGGGGGACCUUUGUUACCUGCACACACGCCGCCUGGACAAGGCACUGCGUAGGAAACUGACAAUUGUCAAUUUUCUAUUUGAGGAGGAACUUGCUGACAAUGAUGAUGAUGAAUUGGGAACACUAAGACCAUUCUGUGCUGUGAACCAUACUAUAGUCAACUACAUAAACUUAAAUCCACCUCAUAUUGUUCUAGGACCUGAACCUCUUGAGCUAGAUGCUCCAGAAGCUCCAGGUCCAUUAGAUCCAGCCUCUAAGACCAGUGCCACUCAGGAUGGCGAGCUUGGGCUUGGGGAGAACCAUCUUGAGUCUUCCCCCUCAGACCAGACUCUAGAAACACAGGAAAGCUCAGAGGAGACUAAAGGAAGCUUUAGCAGUGAUAAGAGUGGAACAGAUCAAACAGAGAAACAUGAGAGUCUGGCUAGCAUCAGGUCAGAAGGACCUGAUCCUGAUUCUGACUUGACCCCUGACCCUGAUCAUAAUACUGACCCAGAGAGGGAGAGUAGCAGUGAAGAAAUGGAGACCACUGCAGGGGAGGAUGAGGGUGACAUUGGAGACCAGACACCUGUCUCGUUGCUGGAAGUGGUGUCUGAGCUGGAGGCUUGUAAGGAAGACGAGGUUGAGGCUGUGAAUGAGUCAGACUUGCUGGUUCCAAUAGACACGGCAUGCUGUAUGGCCCAAGAGGGUUUCCUUUAUGAGGCAUCCGCCCCUGAUGUCCACACACAGCCCUCUCAAACCCUGGUUGUCAACCAGGAGCCUCAAGCCCUUCUUCCACUCCAGGAUGAUUACACCGUGGGUUCUCCCUGCUCAGAAAGUCCUGCAGCUGGACUGGAGCUUCCUGUGGGCAUCAUUGGAGAUACAGUUUCUCGUACCUCAAUGGAAGAUGGAUCGGACUGCACCAUGAGUGCUUCAACCGGGUCUGAUCGGGCUGCCUCACCUCUCGGUUAUGGGGGAGUGGUGACCCUCCGUCAGAGGAAAAAGGCCGGUCAAAGUGCCUUGAGGUUUGUCCGUCAGUAUCCCUUUGCCAUGCAAGCUCUGUGGUGUCUGCUGAGCGGCAGAACCCUGGUGGUUCUUGGGACAGAUGAGGGGAGAGUCCGUCGCCUGGUGGCUGCUUUGGCUCUCUUUGUUCCUGGCCCUGGGAAGUGUGGAGAGAGGGUUCAAGCUUGGCUGUCGUGUCCCUUCACCCUUACCGACCUACAAAGGUGGAAACUCAUUGGAUUGCAAAGAGUUGCAUCUCCUGUGGGCUCCAGCAUGCUUUACUCGCUGUCUCGCUACAGCCGCUACAUCUCCAUCCUAGACGCCGACCAGAAGACUUUGCGCUGCCUGCCUUAUCAUGGCCAGCUCCUUGCCAACAUAGCCGACCACCGCACCUACAUCCGCCGUGGCUCCACCUACUUCCUUCACCUACAGAGCAUGCUCUGUCGCUUGGCAGCCAAGGCCUUCUUACUCACCUUCACCCACCACCUCCACCUGCCGGUCAGCUCCACAGAAGGGCUCAAAGUCGUUGACGGCAGACGCCGCUCCUUCCUGCAGGAGCAGCUGGGGCUAGAUGAGGAGGACAGCCAGAUACUGGUCUACCUCAGCCAGCUCAUCACCCAGCAGUAUCUGCAGCCUGCCAACGGCAGCAGCGCAGCUGCACCUUGUUUUACUUUCGACUACACCGCCAACGUUUUAUACAAAAUCUAAUAUUACACUGGAAGGAGAAUAAGGAGGAUUCUUAUGCACAUUUUACACACUUUGUUUUUUUUUCUUCUGGACCAAAAGUGAUCUUGAAAAGGUCAAACUCACUGCACUGGUUAUUGUUUUAUCUGUGUUUAAACUUGUUCUUUCCUCUGUUUGCAGGGAGAAAGGAAUCAGACUGAGCUCUGAAUGUCUUUGACUAGUCUACUUAUGUGUAUUUGAUCCCUAGUUUGUUGACAGUCUCUCUCUUACACACACAUUACAGAGCAGAUGAAUGUUGGCCUUUAAAAAUGUGUUUCAAUUCCAUGGAAAGUAAAAAAAAAAAAAAACAAUUUUACUGGCAUGUUUGAAGGCAAGUCUCCUCAACACAUGCACAUAUUUGCAUCACUAACUCCAUUGGCUAUGCUUGUGUGUGCUGAUUUGACUUCAGCCAGCUUGCUAACAGGUUCAGUGUCUGCUCUGUGUUAACACCUCUCAGUGACUGAGCAGUUUGUCCACUUUGAUAUCAUCCAAACUUUACGUAAACAUGUUUUUUUCCCAGUAUCACUAACAAACACAUGUAUGCUGACAUUUUCUGCCUGUCAAGAACAGACGUCUGUUGGUGGGAAAACUAUCAGCUCGCUACAGCUGGUUUUGUGACAAGCCUCUCCCUUUCAAAACCAUCUUCCAUCUGUCCAAAUCUCCCUGAAAUGAAUCUUUUUUUAAUACUAAUGUGUGAGGUUUAGCACACAUUCCAUAGAUUUGGUUGACAUAAUCAAGACAAUGUUGAAUUUUUACCUGAGCAGACUUCUUAGUGAACCCAGAAGACAUCUUAAUCGGAAGUUAUUCCCUUCAGUUUUGUGUUAUAACACCUUCAAAUUCUUGCUGCUGGUGAGCAUUUUCAUGGAAAUCACUUAUGUAGUUCAGGCAGAUUUUAAAGCUACUUAACGUAAAUGUAUUGAAUGUCUCUGUUUUAAAGUUGCGUAGGAGUGUUGUGGUGUCAGCAUGAGACAGUCUUGUACCAGGGUGAUCACUUGAUGUUUCAGUUUUGUCAUUAAAUGAACUGACUGAUGUUUUGUUUUUAAAACUGUUGGAUUAUUAGACUAAUUUAUUUCUUGUGCCAUUAGAUGCAAAACCUCGAGUCAGAUUUAGGUCAGUUUAGUCUUUAUUUAAUAAAGUUUUACUGAGUAUGUGCUUUGAACAAUCCCCCUUCCCUGGCGUAAAGUAUUUGAUGUUUUAAGACGUGAAAAAAUGACUUUAUGAUUUGUUUUUAUUAUUUUUUUUCUGUCUUUUCGGCCAGUGAAACGACUCAAAGACGAGUCGGUACCGUCAGUUUUGUUGUGGGAUUAAAUUAAGUGGGAUUAUGGCUGAGCAAGGCUUUUUAAAAACAACCUGAUAUUUUAACUCCAUUCCAUCUUCAGUUUGGUGCAAUUUGAGCUUUGUGAAUAUCGUUGCAGCAUGUGUCACGUUAAGUUCCUUUUAAACUAAUGUCAAGCUAAUGCAAAAAGGUGAAUGUAAUCUGAAAAAAGCCAUACCAGCGUGCUUAACAUGUUUGUCACCGAGUGUCCUUAUGUUGCCAGAUUAUGUCUGCAUUUUGAGUCUCAUCAUCAGUGGUGCAGGACGGUAUAAUUACCAGUGAUUUUAAUAAAGCACGAUCUGAAUGUUC